AUGAACUUCUGCAUGCCAGACGUGUAUGAGAUGCCCCAUGCUGGGGUUGGGGGCUUCAGUGUUCAGAGCAGUGGGGAACACUGCAUGUACCCAGGCGAGGGGCCCGGGUAUGGACACUAUGAACCGCAGCCGCUUCACCACCCGCCCUGCAUGGAGCAGGCUUGGCACCCCAGCCAGCACUACUCGUGUUCGUACGCCGCGGGCCCGUCUUCUUUUAAGACCGAGUUCUGCAACACGGAGGUGCCUCUCAGCCACUUCCACCACCAGCCUGAGUAUUUUCCAGAGAUCAAACCGGACUUUUCCCACCUGCAGUGGAUGCAGGGGGCUCACAGGAAAGGGUACAUACCCAGCUACCUGGACAAGGACGAGCUGUGUGUCGUCUGCGGGGACAAAGCCACGGGUUAUCACUAUCGCUGCAUCACCUGUGAAGGUUGCAAGGGAUUCUUCAGGAGGACAAUCCAGAAAAAUCUCAGCCCAACAUACGCCUGCAAGUACGAGGGGAAAUGUGUGAUCGACAAAGUGACCAGAAACCAGUGCCAAGAAUGUCGCUUCAAGAAGUGCAUCGCUGUCGGCAUGGCAACAGACUUGGUGUUAGAUGACAGCAAGAGGUUAGCAAAACGUAGACUGAUCGAAGAGAACCGUGAGCGCCGGCGCCGAGAGGAACAACAGAAGACGGCAUGGGACCGACUAGAGCCCACCCAGGAGGAGUGGGACCUGAUCCGUUUGGUGACCGAGGCCCACAUGGCCACCAACGCACAGGGAAACCACUGGAAGCAGAAGAGGAAGUUCUUGAGUGCAGCAGGGGUGAAGGAUACUAAGCCCGAGGAUUUUGGUCAAGGCUCCAUGACAAAUCCAGCUGAAGAAAACAAGGUGGAUAUCGAAGCUUUUAGUCAGUUUACAAAAAUUAUCACCCCCGCCAUAACUCGAGUGGUGGACUUUGCCAAAAAACUGCCCAUGUUUUGUGAGCUGCCUUGUGAAGACCAGAUCAUCCUGUUGAAGGGCUGCUGCAUGGAGAUCAUGUCGCUGCGAGCAGCCGUGCGUUACGACUCGGAGAGCGAGACCCUCACGCUCAAUGGCGAAAUGGCCGUCACUCGUGAGCAGCUGAAAAAUGGAGGACUUGGUGUGGUGUCAGAUGCCAUUUUUGACCUGGGUGUGUCGUUGGCCUCCUUUAACCUGGAUGAUUCUGAGGUGGCUCUCCUACAAGCUGUCAUCUUGCUUUCAUCUGAUCGUCCUGGCCUGACCAGCGUAGCGCGAAUUGAAUGCUGCCAAGAGGAGUUCCUGCUGGCCUUUGAACAUUACAUCAACUACCGCAAGCACAAGGUGUCGCACUUCUGGCCCAAACUGCUGAUGAAGGUGACGGACCUGCGCAUGAUCGGAGCCUGCCACGCCAGCAGGUUCCUCCACAUGAAAGUGGAGUGUCCCACUGAACUGUUCCCUCCUCUCUUCCUGGAGGUCUUUGAGGACUGA